AUGACAGAUACAAAUCAAACGAAGCUACAUAAUCUCUAUCCAAAACCCAGAACUCAAUCACUGGAUUUAAGAACUCAAUGCAAUCAUAAUCAAACUGAAAUUAGCACUCCAAAUAGUCAUCAAAUACAAAACAAAACAAAGAAUCACAAUGGCAAUCAAUAUUCAGGAGACUGCAACACAUGA